AUGGUUACUCUCCAAUGUGAGUCUUUGCGGUUUGCGGUUAUUUUAAGGCAUGCGGCUGCUUCGUAUGGAAACCUGGAGGUGUUGAAGCUGUUGGUAUCCCGUGGUGGAAUAGAUGUCCUUCUUCAGGAUAGUGAUGGUGAUACACCUCUGCAUGUGUGCGAAGAUCGGGAGUGUGGAGAGUUUUUGAUAGAGAACGGUGCUAAAUUCGAUAUGCCUAACAACGAGGGAAAGACUCCUAUUUGGUAUGCUGUGGAGGAGGAUUUCCAGUUUAUGGUGGAUUAUUACUUGGAGAAGGGAAUUCUCACUCCGGAUCUGGUGGAGCGUAUUAGAGCUGAUGUUGAAAAUGCUUCCGAUUUGUGUGUUUGUGAUAGAUCGAAGUGUAUAUUUGUGAAUGAAUAG